AUGCAGAUUGUGCCGCCUAGGACGUUAUUUGUGUUAUUAGCCCAUGCACAUGUAUUACUAUCUCUAAGAAAUAAUGGAGAAGUGCGAACUAAAGAGGACAGCAACACCAGCGCAUACUCUGCCAGGACUUUCCACGGCUUACUCCGUGAGAAUCAUCAAAAUAAAGCCAGGGACCAUGCGCUCUCGCCGGGGUACGCCACAGGUGCGUCCUCGGCGGAACUGCAGGCGCAGCGGGCAACUAUCAGAGGGACCCUUAACUCCACUCACCCCUGGAAAAGGGUAAUUGCAGAAGAAACGUGGCGAAUUGGACACAACAAGCGCGACUCCAGCAGGACUGUGACACCCAUGGAGGAUCCCAACGCCGUCUCACAUUGGGGCCCGGCGCGCCACCAUAAUAAGCGGAUAAAGUUGAAUGGCGGUCUUAGUAGUACGGGGACGCCAGCAGGUGGACACCACAAUGCGGCUAAGCCCUCUUCAAUGGGCCGGGGAGACGGAGGAGGGGGACCCGAGGAGGGCGACAGGCACAAGAGAGGCACAAAAGACGAGCAGAAGAAAGCGUCGAGGAGGGGGAGAAACCGGCUGAACAAAAGCUCAGCGGCUCUGGCUCAGCCUCACGAGUCGCCGUGGGAACCCAUCCCCAAGCCGGUGGCCCUCACCUCCACCGACCUGCCCUUUGACCUCUUCACCAGGAGGACCGAGUUCUUCACUUUCAGGGAGGAGAACCCCUGGGACGCCACGCCGAUCACGCCUCCCAGCUCGCAGGAUUUCGGGGACGAGAUCAAGAACCCCUUUUACCCGGUCACAAGCGAGACUUACGGCGCUUACGCGAUCACGUGCGUCUCUGGGGUCAUCUUCCUGGUGGGGAUCGCGGGCAACAUCGCCAUCCUGUGCAUCGUGUGCCAGAACUACUACAUGAAGAGCAUCUCCAACUCGCUGCUGGCCAACUUGGCCGUCUGGGAUUUCGUGCUCAUCUUCUUCUGCCUGCCCAUGGUGGUCUUUCACGAACUGACAAAGUCCUGGCUGCUGGGCGAAUUCACCUGCAAAGUGGUGCCCUACGUGGAGGUGGCGUCCCUCGGCGUGACCACCUUCACCCUGUGCGCCCUCUGCAUCGACCGCUUCCGCGCAGCCACCAAUGUCCAGAUGUACUACGAGAUGAUCGAGAACUGCACCUCCACUACUGCUAAGCUAGCUGUCAUCUGGAUCGGUGCGCUCCUAUUGGCCCUCCCAGAGCUCCUCAUCAGACAGCUGGUGGCGGAGGACACGGGAAUGCCAGACGAGCCUCCUGUUGAACGCUGCAUUAUCAGGAUAUCCACCUCACUUCCCGACAUGCUCUACGUGCUGGGCCUGACCUAUGAGGGUGCUCGGCUGUGGUGGUGCUUCGGCUGCUACUUCUGCCUCCCCACGCUCUUCACCAUCGGUUGCUCGUUGGUUACGGCGCGCAAGAUCCGGCGCGCGGAGCAGGCCAGCGUGCGCAGCAACAAGAAGCAGAUCCGGCUGGAGAGCCAGAUGAACUGCACCGUCGUGGCGCUGGCAAUCGUCUACGGUGCGUGCGUGGUGCCCGAGAACAUCUGCAACAUCGUUUCUGCGUACAUGGCGGCCGGCGUGCCUGAGCACACCAUGUCUGUCCUCCAUCUUCUCUCCCAGCUGCUGCUCUUCUGUCGGGCCGCCGUGACGCCGGCGCUGCUGCUUCUCCUGUGCCGCCCGCUGGGCAGGGCCUUCCUGGACUGCUGCUGUUGCUGCUGCUGCUGUAACCACGCGCCCUCCUCGGCCACAGCCAGUGACGAUAACGAACACGAGUGCACCACCGAGCUGGAGCUGUCGCCGUUCAGCACCAUCCGCAGGGAGCUGAGUAACUACACACCUGCCGGCUCCAACUGCUAA